CGGCCAACAACCACUGCACGAGCCAGUAAAUCAGCAUUGCUACAGCCGGCCCCGUUCAUUGAUCACCACUGUAUCUCGUUAUGCCGCGAGAAGUCACGCCCGCGACUCUUCCCCAGGUCAGUGCACAGUCGAAACCAGCAACUCUUCUUCCACCCAAGCUCGCUCACCUAGCGGAAGUCUGUUUCGAGGAAGAACAAUACUCCAAAGGCAUUUCAUUCUUACUCAAUACAACGUCUUAUGGUUCUUUCAUCCUCCCGCCUGUACCUCUCGGUUUAAUUGCCACACUUCUCGUACAUCCUCGAGCGGAUGCCGAGACAAACGAGGCAGAACUGAGUGUGCGCUUGGCUGCAGAACAAUUAUUGGCGGAUCUGGUCAACAGAGGGCAGGACAAGUGGUUUGAGGCAUGGUCAUCAAUGUCAAAAGGACGUGCAGCGGCAGGUUCGCGAGGUUCACGGGCUAGACGUGACGCCGUUAUUCUCGAAGGCUCAGAUGCCGAAGACGACGAUCAUGAGAGACUAGGACCCCUGGGUGGAGGUGAAAGCGUGUUUGCCCGUGUUGAUUCUAUCUGGAACCUCUUGGGAUUCGGGCUCUGGACGUCAUGUGCUUCUGGUCCUAGCUCCCAACAAUGGCAGUUAUGGCGAAGAUUAGUACUACAUGUUAUACAAGUCUUGGAACACGAUCUCGGAGAUGGUCGGGAAGUUCAAGGAUCUCUAGUGAUGCAAUAUCUCCGACAGGCAGACCCAACACGACCUAAUUUCAAUGCGGCGUUACGCACGAUCUUCGCGAACGACAAGGAGGAGGACGAAGCAUACAACAAUUGGAGAGACCCGUAUCCGGAUCAUAAGCUGCGAAAACAGCCCUCUUCUUCGCAGACCGACGAAGCAUCACAAAUGACAUCGUCACAACUGAUAUCGUCUCAAAUCAGUACCUCACAGCGUAGUGCUAAGGAGCGAUCCUCUUCAAUGACUGUCGACGACGAAGCCUUGGAGAUCUGGGGCGGUCUUGACUCCCUUAACAUCCGAACCCGGCUCAUAUCAAUUCUUUUCACCGUCGCCUCAGCCACAAACACCGUCGAUACUCUCAUCACCUCUCUAUCAUCAUACAUCACUCCGCUGCCACCUUCGCAGUUCUGCCUCUGGGUACGCCGGAUAACACUCGCACCAGGAAACACAGCACGGAAGCUGCAUAUACACCUCGCACUUCUACAGUCACUCGCUUCUUUCAGUGGCGCUGGACGUGGUGCACUUGUUUUGAACGAGGACUUCCUUGUCUCGCGUGUCCUUCCUUGCACCGCAAGGCGGACGACAUCCCUGGUAGAUGUUGCCCGAAUCUCGUUUUUAGUGGAGUCUUUCUUUCGUACGUGGCUUGUUUUGAAUUCUCCACUCAAGACCGGACGGGAAGAGCUGAGAGAUGUAGUGGAGAAAGGGACUGAGAACCGGAAGGCUAAGUUGAAGGCAAAGUCACAGCCAAAGUCUAGAGGUGGUACGCCAACGGAAGAAAUUGAGGAGGAAUGUUGGCGGUUGAUAAACAUGACGGAGAUGCAGAUGAGAAUAAUCGACGACUGUGCGACCGUCGAAAAAUGAUCGUGUGAGUGAAAACGAUAUACCCUGUUAUACCCAAGGAAGCAAUCGAGCAUUACUUUCGGGGCUUUUAAUGAAGAACCACAAUAGCUCAUCGCAUAUAGCUUAACGAUGAAUCAAAACGAUAGAUUUACCCACCUAGCUAAAUGUCCCUUCCAACUACCAAACGCUUCCUUGUACCGUUAGCCGUUGUGAAUCCA